AUCCAAGAAGCCCCGACUUUACCUGAUCUAACCUGAAUAAUCUCGAAAAUUACCCAUCGACGAGCCCAAACAGUACCAUCAAAAGAAACAGAUCAUCAUAUCCCGCUUCCCCUAGCUAGGGAUAGGUCAUCAUGAAGCUCACACCGACAAAACCGUCCCAAUUUAUCGGCGAAGAUGCCGUCACAUUGACCCCCGAGGAUUCGGAGGACAUGUGGCACGCCUAUAAUCUCAUCACGCCCGGCGAUCUCGUCAUGGCGCAUGCCGUCCGAAAAGUCGUCCAGGAGACCAAGACUGGAAGCACCCAGUCAGAACGGGUCCACACCAUCCUAGCCAUCGCCGUCAAGUCAACCUUUUUCGACCCGUUGGUCGGUCAGCUACAAGUCAGCGGCAUCGUCAAGUCAGAAAACCCGUUCGUCAGCCUCGGACAGCACCACACCCUCGACCUCGAGACCGGCCGCCCUUUCACCCUCAGCAAACCCAACGGCUGGGACUCGGUCGCCCGCGAGACGCUCUCCGAAGGGCUAUCCGACGACAAGGAAGGCGCCAUGGCCGCCAUCGUCAUGCAAGAGGGCAUCGCCAACAUCUGCCUCAUCACACAGUUCCGGACCGUCCUCAAGCAGCGCAUCGAGUCCGUCAUCCCCAAGAAGCGCUCCGCCGCCUCCGACACCGCCGGCGGCAUACGUCGCUUCUACGCCAAGACCCUGUCCACCCUCCUCCGCACCGUCAACUUCGACCAGCCGCGGCCCCUGCUCCUCGCGAGCCCGGGCUUCGUAGCCGCCGAUUUCCGCACCUACAUCGCCGAGGAGGGGCGCGACCGCUCCGACAAGAAGCUCUCCGCCCUCGCCAAGGACGCCAUCGUCGUCCAUACCCACUCGGGCCACGUCCACAGCCUGAACGAGGUGCUCAAGAGCCCCGAGAUGGGUUCCAAGCUCAAGGACUUCAAGUUCACCAAGGAGACGCGUCUUAUGGAUGCCUUUUUCGACAGGUUGCGGCUCGAGGAUGGUCGGGCCUGGUACGGCACGUCGGCGGUGACGAGAGCCGUCCAAGAGGGUGCUAUCGGCCCGGGUGGGGGCGUCCUCAUGAUGAACAACUCCCUAUUCCGCAGCUCUGACAUUGCCACACGGAAGAAGUACGUUGCCCUGGUGGACAAGGUGAAAGCCGACGGCGGGGACGUCCGAAUCUUGAGUAGUGAUCACGAGAGCGGCCAGAGGCUCGACAUGCUAGGAAGCAUUGCUGCCAUCUUGUCUUAUCCCAUAUAUGACCUGGACGAAGAUGAAGUAGAUCACCAUGAUCCUGGGGAGCAAAGUAGAGGGGACGAAGAGCUAGUCGUAUGAGUUCGACGACACGUUUUUGGUUGUUGUACGUUCACUGUUGUUGAAUUGACGGGAGCGUGCUUGCAGGGAGCGUUGAUUCAGGAAAUAUAUGAUUGUAUUGUGUACUAAACAUUCUUCGCCAUUGCUCACUCUGUGGUGCGAAGAAUCUCUUAUUGAGGCGGCUCGAACCCCUAGACUGGAUACCAGGGGAGUCGACGGCCGCCUUCUAAUAACCUCUGACGUUCGAAUAGUCUAUACGAAUCCUUAUAUUAUCGGUG